AUGUCGCAGAUCAUACCGCAAGAUCCGGGCGCUCUCAACUCUUCUGCUGUUAACGCUAAGUCACGGUACCGCGAGGACUUAUGCGACAAUCGUGUCAGUGGACAUGUUUCUGGCGAGACACUGGCCGAUGAUCUCCUUGGCCAUCUUGGAUACGACCCUCAACUCAAGCGGAACCGGUCUACGGCUCACGUCGCCUUCAUGGCCUUCGUAUUAGCAGCGAACCCUUACGGCCUCGCGACCACCUUGAACUAUCCUCUCAUCGGGGGCGGUCCAGUGAACAUUAUCUGGGGAUGGCUCCUGGUUGCGCUGAUUGUCAUAUGCGUUGCCGCCUCUCUUGGCGAGAUCACCAGUGUGUAUCCAACUGCGGGAGGUGUAUAUUACCAAGCAGCAAUGUUAACGCCGCCCAAGUACCGGGCGCUCGCGAGCUGGAUCUGUGGCUGGCUGUUUGUGGUGGGAAACAUGUCUAUCACUCUUUCUGUGAAUUUCGCAACUGCACAAUUCUUUGGUGCCUGCAUCAACGUUUUUGAGUACGAAACUGGCAAGGGAAUAUUUCCUGGUGAGACAUACCAAGUCUUCCUCAUCUUCGUCGUUAUAACAUUGUUGUGUAACGCUGUCUCGUCUCUUGGAAAUCGCUGGCUACCAUGGGUUGACACGGCUGCUAUAUUCUGGACAUUCGCCGGAGUGUUUGCUAUUACUAUUGCUGUCCUAGCUGUUGCAAAGAAUGGCCGACAUUCAGCCGCAUACGUUUUCACCCAUUUCGAGACACAAUCUGGGUGGCCUCAUGCAUGGUCCUUCUGUAUUGGUCUCAUGCAUGCUGGCUAUGCCACAUCAUCAACCGGCAUGAUUAUAUCGCAACAUGUGUGA